CUCUUUGAGAAUCCGGAAUGGUGAUCUUGGGGAAGCGCCAGAGGAGCUCCGGCAGCGGGAUCCUCAAUCUGUAUCAGCGCGAGGUUGGAGUCCUGUCACCCAGAAAUUUCUCGCAUCGCGCUAGGGCUUCGGAGGUGCAUGCGUCCUUUUUUUUUCACCCUCAGAUCUUUGUUUUAUUUUUAUUUAUCAUUUCGUGUAAGCAUUAAAGAUCUGGUACUGAUGAAGUUUGCACUUUCGACUAAUCUCUUACAAUAUAACAGGGAUGAUUUAUGCCAAACUCGGAAGUGGAAAUGCAAAUGCAUGUUAACAAUAGUUUGUUGUUGCUCGUGAUAAGAGUGGAGACUGAUAAGGUUCUUUACCUUCUAUUGGACAGAAAUAUUCCUUUCUAUGAUAAGAUUUUGUUCUGCGUUUGGGAAUUGACAGAAAACUUAACAAGCAUAAUGGCUGUGUAAAUACUGUGAGUCUCAAUGAAAAUGGGAACAUUCUUGUAUCUGGAUCGGAUGAUCAAAUGGUAAUAUUGUGGGAUUGGGAGGUUGGGACUGUCAGGACUUCCUUCCACUCUGGGCAUAAAGACAAUGUUUUCCAGGCACGCUUCAUGCCAUGUACAGCUCAUCAUCAGACUAUUGUUACAUCUGCUGCAGAUGGUGAGGUAAGGCUUGCACAAUUACAUGAAGGCGGCCAAGUAACUACAGAAUUGCUAGCUGAACAUGAUGAUGCUGUUCAUAAGGUUGCAUUUGAGCUGCAAAAUCCUCAUGUUCUUUAUAGUGGUGGUGAAGAUGGCCUAGUUCAGCAUUUUGACCUUAGAUCCAAAAAUUCAACAAAGCUAUUCAUAUGCAGAUCGUUUAGAAGAAGGCCGACUUAUACAUCAUUUGUCAAUCUCAUGGCUAUUUCAAUAGACCCAAGAAACCCAAACUAUCUUGCAGUUGCUGGUGCAGAUGACUAUGCUCGGGUAUAUGACAUUCGCAAGUACAAAUGGGAUGGAUCAACAAAUUAUGGUCUUCCAUGUGAAAAUUUCUGUCCUGCACAUCUGAUCGAUCAUAGUGAAGGGAUAUCAGGGUUGUGUUUUUCUGAUUCAAGUGAGCUGCUGGUCUCUUAUAUGAACGAAUAUAUCUAUCUCUUUCCAAAAGAUCAAGGUCUGGGUUCAAAUCCUGUGUCCUUGCUUUCUGAUAGUGAUUCAGAAGAUAAAUCUAAUUCAGUCCUAUCGACAUCCAAUGCGAGCCUAGGGAUUAAGUUGUACAAAGGACAUUGUAACAGAAAGACUGUGAAGGAUGUGAAUUUUUUUGGACCGUAUUGUGACUAUGUUGUUAGUGGAUCAGACUGUGGUCGCAUAUUUAUUUGGAGAAAGAAAGAUGGGAUACUUUUACGUGCUAUGAAAGGUGACAGACAUGUGGUGAACUGUACUGUAUCUCACCCUCAUACCACCAUGCUUGCAAGUUCUGGAAUCGAGAAAGAUGUAAAGAUCUGGGUUCCUAACACGACUCAACCUUUCCAACCAGUAAAUCUAGACGAGAGAUACGAUGUGGAAGAUCUUGAAAAUGAGGAUGACUCUUAUGAUACUGACUUCAGUGAUAGUGAUGAUGACACCGAGGAAGAUGUCUUUGCUGAUGGUGUUAGUUUUUGAUGAUAGGGACAACAAUGCAUUUCAACAAUUCGCCGUAAGUGCAAAAUACUACUAUGUUGGACAAUAAUUUACCAAGUUUAAUAUACCAAUUGAAGAACAACAGGAAGCUCCCAAUCAGCCGAAAAACAGUUGUAAGCUAUUGGCACAAAUUUAGCUGCAUUAUUAUAAUCAAUUAAUAUUUGCUGCUGAGCAAAAGUGAUCUCAAGAUGUAUGUAACUUAAAACAUCUAAUAUGAUAUAUUAGAAGGCUGUUUUUUCUUGGCAUUACAGAGUGAAAUCUA